AUGGCAACUGCUAAGAAGUAUAAUAAAAGCUCCCCGGGAGUCCGCCGUAUCCUCAAAGAAGCUCAAGAAAUCGCCACCUCCCCAUCUCGCGACUUCACAGCUCAUCCGCUAGAUCACGAUCUCUUCGAAUGGCAUUUUACACUCCGAGGUCCUCCGGCGCCCUCACCUUUCGACGGUGGCUUCUAUCAUGGACGGAUCUUAUUAUCACCCAAUUAUCCCAUGCGACCACCGAUGUUUAGGUUCUUGACCCCCUCCGGACGGUUCGAAGUCAAUAGAGAUAUUUGUUUGAGUAUCUCCGGGUUUCAUGAAGAGACUUGGCAGCCGAGUUGGAGUAUUCGGUUGGCGUUGAUUGCUUUGAGGGCACACAUGGACGCCGACCCGCAAGGCCAAGUCGGCGGUCUUGCCUGUACGGACGAGACACGGAAGGAUCUGGCUGCAAAGUCAAGGGAUUUUAAGUGCUCGGAGUGUGGUGGAGGUGGUGAAGAAGAGGAGAUGAAGAUACCUGAGGAUGGGGAGGGAGGGAGUUCGGAACCUGAGGUUCCACCGGAAUUACGCUUUGGAUACAAAGACGAGAUGAAGCCGAGCAAAGAAGAUGCUCAGAAGAAAGAGGGAGAAGAAGAAGGGAUAACAACAUCGCCGCCGCCGCCACCACCACCAUCGUCUAUAGUGCCCCCGGAACAGUUGGUGGCUCGGUCUUCCUCAGAGGAGGCACUGGUACCGCCUCAGCAACCACAGCAGCAGCAACAGCAGCAGGCGACUGCACAACAAAGGCCACCUGCUCAGCAAGAAGACCAACAAGAACCAGCAAUGUUUAUCCCCUUCGGUCCUGGACAGCAACAGCCACAGCAGCAAGCCCUCGCGCGAGGUCCGGGAAAUAUCCCUGCACCAGUCAUCGCUGGUGCCGUACCCAUGCAGCUGGCCAAUGCUACAAACGAAGAUCGCACUACGGGAUAUCUCGACCUGGCUAUAGGAGCGUUGUUGGCCAUUCUUAUCGCCUUGGUUAUUAAGAAAAUGUAA